AUGAGAACCAUUCUAGCAAUCGUUAUAUCAACAACUGAUUUUACUGAUAUCCCUUAUAUUGAUAUACGAACUGAAACAAUAGCAAUAACACCAACAACAACAACACCAACAAUAGCAACAACAACAAUAGCAACGACAACAACAGCAACAACAACAAUAACAACAACAACAAUAGCAACAACAACAAUAACAACAACAGCAAUAGCAACAGCAGCAACAGCAACAGCAACAACAACAACAACAACAACAACAACAACAACAACAACAAGAACAACAACAACGAAAGCAACGACAACAACGACAACAACAACAAAAACGACAAUAACAACAAAAACAACAAUGGCAAUUACACCUAUUACAAUUACCAUUCCCAAAGUACGGCAAGAAGCAGAGUCAACCACAUUAGAUUCUGAAAUUAACAUGCCUUCAGUUUCAUCUGUUCAAGAAUCCAUGCCACUUACUCGUUCUGCAGAAAAGCCACGAUCAGUAAUCGUGAUAGUGUUGCUUGUAAUAAGUGCUCUUAUCAUGAUAACAUCGUUAGCGAUGAUACUGUUGGUCAAAUUUGGUGUUAUUCUUCAACAACCGAUACAAUCAACAUCACGACAUGAACAAUGA